AUGUGUGAGCCCAAUGAUGGUUAUGCAAGUAUAUGUAUUCCAGAAGAGUUUUUAAUUUCAAACUUUUCCGAUCCCAUUAAGGCAAUUGUUGAGGAUACAUAUCCAAAACUCAUUCAUAACUAUCUUGAUUCCAAAUAUCUCCAAUGUUGUGCAAUUUUAGCUUCAACAAUUGAAGUAGUAGAUGAUAUCAAGCAAUAUAUUACAAACCUUCUUCCAGAGAAAGAAUACUUCUCUAGUGAUUCUAUAGAUAAAACUGAUUCUACUAACUUUGAUGCAUAUGAGCAUGUGACACCGGAGUUCCUAAAUGCUCUUAAAACUUCUGUAUUACCUAAUCAUUCCAUCAGGGUGAAAGUUGGUGCCACGAUAAUGUUAAUGCGCAAUCUAGACCAGUCUGAAGGCUUGUGCAAUUGUACACGAAUCACUGUAACCAAGCUGGCUUCUCAUGUCAUUGAAGUUAAGAUAAUUUCUGGAAAAAAUAUUGGUAACAUCAUUUAUAUUCCUAGAAUGUCUUUGGCACCCUCACAAUCACCAUGGCCAUUUAAAUUGGUUGCAUUUGUUUAA